UGCGCACGCGUUCAAGCGGAAUCGCGCAUCCCCACCCAGCGUAACGUACAUUACCACUGGUUCCUAAACUUUUUACUAUUCUCGCGAUGCUCACAUGCACAAGAUGCAAAGUCGAAUUCAGAGAGGGAGCGCAUUGCAGCUCCUGUCAGGGACACUUUGACUUUCCCUGUGCGGGCAUAACGGAGAACGGGUAUCGAAAGCUGGGUGACAGGCGCAACACGUGGAAGUGUGCCACCUGUAAGGUUGCCGGAAACUCCAGUCCACGUCCGGGGUCAUCUAAAGCCUCCGUCCCAGUCGACCUUGAGAAGGUGAUGGAGGAUUUGAGGUGCCUGACAUUCCAGUUGGCUCCACUCCCAUCGAUGAUUGAAACAGUUAAAUUAAUUCAAACAGACCUUAAAAGCUUAAAAGCAGACAUCACUGACCUGAAAUUAUUGAAGACUGACAUCGCCGACGUAAAAGCCUCAAUGGAAUUUGUUCAGUAUUCCGUGGAAAUGCUUACAGGCAAAGUUAGUGCUUUGGACAAAGAAGUGCAGGAGCUUAAGAAAUCUAAAGACGACUUAUCUAUCCUGCAGCGGCAAGUGAGUGAUCUUAGAACGGUAGCUCAGGAACAAGAUCAAAGAGCUCGCAUGAACAACAUGGAAAUAAAGGGGGUUCCAAUGACUAACUCGGAGAACUUAUUCUCAUUAGUUACGAACAUAGGCAACCUCAUUCAAUGCCCCAUUACAAAAGACCAGAUCAAUUACAUCGCAAGAGUGCCUUCGCGUGGCAAUAACAGAAUCAAGUCGAUUGUGGUGUCGGUUCUUAAUCGAUACCAAAAAGAUGAUUUCGUUGCGGCAGCCAGAAAACUCACAAUCACAGCAGCCGACCUGGGGCUACAAGGUGGUACGAGGAUAUUCAUCAACGAUCACCUCACUGUUGAUAACAAAAUUCUACUCAAUAAAGCAAAGGCGCUAGCGAAGGAAAAAAACUUUGCCUUUACUUGGGUAAAGGGUUCAAAAAUCUUUAUGCGGAGAAACCCGACCUCACCAAUUAUUGCCAUCAGAACCGAAGCCGACCUAAAAAAACUGUGCACUUAAUAAUUAGUAUCAAGUCAGUAUACGUAGAUUUAUCUUGCCAAACAAAUUUUUGUCUCACGCAUUAUUGUAAGUAUUAUAACAUCUGCACGAAAAGUUUGAGAACCGCUGUCACACUAUUCCACUCGCACCGCGCGAAUUGUUUUCUUGAAGUACCCGCGCAUGGGUAUCUCGCUCGAUACUAUUCAUUCCAUUGCAUGCUAUUUACACAUAUUUACAAUAAUUUACACACUACCUUCGCCGCUAAACAUUAUUACUCACCUUCAAAUCGCACUUCACGCGCACUUUAUAACAAUAGCUUAUAUUUAUGUUUUUCCUGUGCUAUAAGGCUUUUUAUAGUAACCACUCAGUCGCUAAAACUUUUUAGAUUAAGAUGUCCUCGAUAAAAAUUUAUUACCAAAAUGUACGCGGUUUGCGUACAAAAACAGGGGAUUUCUAUAGAAAUAUUUGUCUUAGUGACUACGAUAUAAUAUGUCUUACAGAAACAUGGCUAAUUGAAGGUAUUAAUAACAGUGAGCUAUUCGACCAUCGCUACUUGGUAUGGAGGAGGGAUAGGGAUUACGAGGCUAGGG